AUGAUAUGUCGUUCAAUAUUAUAUCGAAGAAUUUUGGUGCGAUCAUCCAGGAUUAGACUGUAUAGCACUGACGUUGCUAAAACGAAACCACCUCAAAUAACCACCAUCAGAAUAAACUUAGAUGAUUUGAAAAAGAAUAUCUCUGAUGACUCUACACUUUCUAAAAAUGACGAGUUUGAAAAAAAAGUCGAUAAUGAUAAGAAUUUAUUGCCACCUUCGCUUAGACAAGUAAGAAAGAUCAUGGAUGUUCAUAAAAAUCAUGUAGUCCUCACGCAAAUGGGUUCAUUCUAUGAGUUGUACUUUGAACAUGCAACACAGUAUGCUCCCAAGUUAAAUAUUUCUUUGACAAGUAAGAAAUAUAGCUCAGGGAACGUUCCUUUCGCUGGAUUUCCUUUAAGCCAAUUGAAUAGACAUUUAAAACUGUUAGUGAACCAACUUGGAUAUAGUGUUACCAUUGUAGAUCAGUUCCAGAAUAACACACCCAUAGAUAACGAUCCAAACAAAUUUUAUAGAAAGGUAUCAAGGAUAGUUACUCCUGGUACAUUUAUUGAUGAGGCAUUUGAAAAUUUUAGAGAAAACUCCUACCUUUUAAAUAUUGAGUUUCCAUCCAAUUGUAUGAAUAGUUUAGCUGAUCCAGAUACAAAAGUUGGACUUUGUUGGUGUGAUAUAUCCACUGGUGAAAUAUUCGUACAAGAAGUGCCAUUAAAAGAUUUGAUAUCUGCAAUUACUAGGAUAAAACCGAAAGAGAUUAUCCUAAAUAACGAAUUAUUCAAAUAUAAUAUUGAAAAUGGAGAAUGGUAUCCCGAACUUGUUGAGUUAAAGAAAUAUUUUGUUAAGUUCCAAACGCUUCCUGCACAAUAUCAUACUGUGGAUACUUUUUCUAAUUUAUUCUUUAGUGGAAACAAUGACCACAUGAGACGUCAACUGGAUCAUAAAAUGAGAUCAUUUACGCAGAAGGAAAUUGCAUCAUUAAGGAAUAUCUUAGAGUAUGUUCAAGAUCAUCUACCUGAUUGUUCUAUAAAUUUUCAACUUCCUGAACGACAAUCCACAACGUGUAUUAUGCAGAUUGAUUCAAGGACCAACUCUGCAUUGGAGUUACACUCUACAAUUAUGAAUAACGGCAUAAGGGGCUCUCUGUUAUCUACAAUUAGAAGAACAGUGACUCCAUCUGGUACAAGGUUGUUGUCAAAAUGGUUAUCUGCACCUUCUUUGGAUAUAGAGGAAAUAAAAGAAAGACAAACUCUUGUCGGACUAUUUAAGAGGAAUUCAUCAUUUAAUAAUACACUAAUAAACCAACUUAAAGAAAUAAAUGAUUUAUCUAGAAUAUUGCAGAAAUUUAACUUUGGUAAAGGGACUGCUAUUGAUUUGAUACAAAUAUCGAAGUCCUUAAAGACAACCUCUGAAAUAUCAAGAAUGAUGAUAACUCGUUUACCAAAAUUAAAAAAAAAAGAGAAAGUCUUACUACAAAAACUAAUUGAUCAGUUAGCAUUUGAUACUUCACUUAUAGAUAAUAUUCUGGAAUCCAUAAACGAGGAUAAACUAGUUUCUCAACAGAAAUCAUCAGAUACUAGUGAAGGUAUAGAAUCUCAAGAUAUCGAGAAAAAUAUGCCCCAAGAUGAAUCAAAUCGAGAGAUAUUAGAUACGAUUAUUCCUCCUGGAUAUUCGCCAUUACUACAACAGUACCAUGAUGAAUAUUUUUCUAAUCUUGAAAGUAAGGAUAGUUUUGAAAGCUCCUGUUCUAAAUAUCUUAUUGAUACAUUUGGGAUUAGAAAAGCAGUAUUGAAGCAAAGACAAAAUAGUACAUAUGCUUUAUUAGUUAACGGAUCUCCUACAUCGCUAGGUAAACUAGAUAGUUGGUUAUAUGAAAAUAAUGAUUUUAAAAAUGCAAAGUUUCAUAUACUACAAAAGUCGAACCAAACUCGUUGGUUAGUACAUUCCGGAUUAACUGAUAGAGCUUCUAAGAUAGAGCUAUCGUUAUUGAAAAUAAAGAAAGAGGAAGAAAAUAUAUUGAAUUCAUUCAAAAUUCAAUUAUUAGAAAGGUGCCAUGAAAUUAGGAUAAUUAACUCUGCAUUAGCAUAUAUAGACAUAUUAUCUUCCUUUGCUAAAUUGUCAGAAGAGAAAAAUUUAACCUGUCCUAAGGUUGAUAACAGUUUAGAGUUAGAGAUUAUUAAAGGAAGACAUUUAAUGGUUGAAGAUGGGAUAACAAAUAAAUAUUUACAAAGGUUUGUUUCUAACGAUUGCAUCAUGAAUCAAGGUGACAUCUGGGUGAUAACGGGGCCUAAUAUGGGUGGUAAAUCAACUUUUUUGAGACAAAAUGCGAUAAUUGUCAUUCUAGCACAAAUUGGAUCUUAUGUUCCUUGUGAGAGUGCACAUAUUGGAUUGGUAGAUAAAAUUUUCAGUCGUGUUGGUUCAGCAGAUGAUCUUUACAAUGAACUAAGUACAUUUAUGGUAGAGAUGAUCGAAACAUCAUUCAUUCUUCAUGGCGCUACAAACAGAUCAUUGGCAAUAUUAGAUGAGAUAGGUAGAGGUACAAGCGGUAAAGAAGGCAUCAGUAUAGCUUAUGCUGCUAUGAACUUCAUGGCAGAACAAAACCAAUGUCGGACCUUGUUUGCUACUCAUUUUGGGGAGGAGUUGAAUAAUUUAAUACAGAGGAGGCCAGGUACAAUUCUGAGUAAAAAAGUGAAAUUUUUCCAAAGCAAGAUGAUAGAAAUUGAUAGAGUCAAAUUUUACUAUGAUUAUAGAAUGGUUCCAGGAAUCUGUACCAAAUCAGAUGCUAUUAAAGUUGCAAGAUCAGCAGGGUUCCCUGAGAGUGUGCUUGAAGAAGCUGAAAGGAUCCUAGCUGCAGGUUGA